AUGCUCUCUGCAAGCAGAACCCAAAUUUUGAUGAGGGGCCGACUCGGAAUGGCACGAACUCUCCUCGGAAGCAAGACUUUAUUCAUUCAUUCAAAUGAUUCACCUUCUUCUUCUUCUUCAUUAUUAUCCUUCAACUCAUCCAAGACUUGUUUACUUCUCUCUUCUCACGUUUCCGUUAUGAAUUCCAAUCAAACUUGCAACUAUGCAGGCAAAACACCACCAAAGAGCACAAAGGUUGUUGCUAAAUCCGAUGGGUUCAUCACGGAUGCCAUUGAUUAUAAGGAUAUUUGCGAUAAGAUGGAUAAAAUUGUUCAAGCGUCUCAGAAACAAUUGGCUGAAUUGAGAAGUUCGGCUGGAGCAAACCCUUCCAUGGUUGAAAAUGUAAUGAUUACUUUGAAUGAUGAAUCAAAACGUCCAUUGAAAUCAUUAGCAUCGAUUGUAGUGAAGAAUCCAAAAUGUUUAGCUUUGAAUGUUUUUGAUAAAACAACAACGGGAGCAAUUGUCAAAUCAAUUCUUGCAGAAAACAUGGGAUUAAAUCCACAACAAAUUAAUGAAAAUUCAAUUGAUAUUCCAAUACCAAAGAUGACAAAGGAAAUGCGUGAAACUGUGUUGAAGAACGUAAAAAAAGUUGCAGAAACUUUUAAGGAGAAAAUUAGAGAUAUUAGAAGAAGUGCAAUGAGCAAACUUAAAGGUCAGAAAGAAGGAGCUUCAAAGGAUGACAUUUUCCACGACGAACAAGUGUUACAAAAAGUCACUGAAGAUAUGAUUGCUAAAAUUGAUGUUUUGGUCGACCAGAAAGAGAAGGAAUUGAUGAAGGAAAGUAAAUAA